AAUACGUUUAUAAUUUACACAAUUUAAAAGCACUCGUGUACUAAACAUACAAAUAUCACAACAUUAGUAACAUUAAAAUGAAAUUAUUAAUUGUUUUCAUUACAAUCGUCUGUAUUGAGAGGUGUUAUGCACUUCGAGGUAAACAUCACUACCGAUCCAUUAAUACACCGAUUCCGGCAAAUUUCUCCGUUAAGUGGUAUUCACAACGGGUGGACCACUUUAGUUAUGUGAAUAAUGACCGAUACAAUCAACGCUAUAUCAUAUCGACCGACCACUGGGGUGAAGGGUGUCCAAUAUUUUUGUAUGCGGGCAAUGAGGGCGAUAUAUUCAUGUUUGCCAAUAACACAGGUUUUAUGUGGCAAAACGCUCAACGAUUUCAAGCUAUGAUUCUGUUCGCCGAACACCGAUAUUACGGUCAAUCUAUUCCUUAUGGAAAACUCGAUAGGAAUUUAACUCAUUUGGGAUACCUGACCACUGAACAGGCUUUGGCUGAUUUCGCAGAAUUUAUUCAGUAUAUCAAAGAGACUAUUCCGGGCGCACACAACAGCCCCGUUGUUGUAUUUGGUGGCAGUUAUGGAGGCAUGUUGGCCGCUUGGUUCCGUAUUAAAUAUCCACAUUUGACUAUUGGAGCAUUGGCUGCGAGCGCACCUAUACUUCAGUUCCCCGGCCUUUACAACUGCAACGACUACUUCAAUAUCGUUACCAAUGAUUUCAAACAAUAUUCGGACAAAUGUUCGCAAAGUAUACGAAACUCGUGGCCCGCCGUCCGACGGCUCCUGGCGUCGAGCGAUGGCCGCAAAUGGUUGAGCGAUACUUUUGUUUUGUGUAAACCAUUGGCCGACACUCAGGAUCAGGACUUCAUUACUUGGUUGUCGUCGACGUGGGAGAACCUGGCGAUGAUUGACUACCCGAACAACGCCUCAUUCCUACAACCCCUCCCCGCCUUCCCUAUUAAAGAGACGUGCAAACGACUGACAAAUCCGGACCAAAACGACAAGCAAUUGAUACAAGACAUAUACAAUGCGGCCUCAGUUUACUAUAAUUACACGGGAAGUGCGAAAUGCAAUGAUAUUAGUGUUGAAGCGCAGGACUUGGGGACCGACGGCUGGAGUUUUCAGGCGUGCACCGAAAUGGUUCUUCCCGUCUGUUCUAAUGGCGAGACCGAUAUGUUUGAGAAGAAUGAGUGGAAUAUAACUAAAUAUUCCGAUAAUUGUUAUAAGAAUUAUGGCGUAAAGUCUGACGGAGAGAAAGCGCUGGUAUUGUUUGGCGGCAAACAUAUAACGACCGCAACUAAUAUUAUAUUCAGCAAUGGAUUGCGGGAUCCGUGGAGUGCGGGAGGAGUUCUGCAAACAGUGUCUCCAUCGCUGAUCGCUAUACAAAUACCCAACGCCUGCCAUCACGAAGACCUCAGACCUGUCGGUCCUAACGAUCCGCCGGCGCUCAGAGACGCUCGCAAUCAAGAGAUUACUAUAAUUAUGAAAUGGAUUAACGAUUAUUACCUCAAAUUAAGUUUCAAUCCUUUUAAUGAAAUUAAUUAUUAAACGAUUGCUAAACAUUUAUAUAUUAUUUCUCCGA